CGUGGAUACCCAAAACCCGAGCGGGUAUGAGCAUGGUUUUGAUUUUCGACGUGAUUCUUAUGUGGAUAUGGGUAAAACCCGAACUACCUUAGGUAGGGUAACGGAUAUGCACUAUCCGCCCCCAACCCGACCCGACCCAACCCAACCCAUUGCCAUCCCUACUGGUUAUUUCGUUAUGUUAGGAGCUUCUCCCAUUUCCUGGCGUACGAAGAAGCAGAGAGUUGUGGCAAGAUCCUCUGCUAAAGCUGAAUAUCGAGCCAUGGCCAGCACUGUCAGUGAGGUCCUUUUGCUCCGGUGGUUACUUCGUGAUCUUGGUGUUCACCAUUCAGUUCCAACUCCUUUGUUCUGCGAUAAUCAGGCGACUCUUCACAUUGCUUCUAAUUCGGUGUUUCAUGAGCGUACAAAACAUGUCGAGAUGGGCUGUAAUUUCGUCCGUGAGCGGGUUCAGUCGCUUGCAUUGUUCUGCGAAGAUUGCCACUUCCGACCAGCCGGUUGAUCUCUUCAUAAAGGGAUUAAGUGUGAACCAGUUUCACCAUCUCUUCGUCAAGUUUGGACUUCUUGAUAUUCACUCUUUCGCUUGAGGGGGAGUGUUGUGAUUCCUAUAGACCAUAUUAAAAUAUAGGGAUCACUUCCGUAAUUUUUCUUUCUCCUAGUUGUCUAGGUAGAUGGAGUAAGGGGGUGUUGGUUUUUGUAUAAAUAAGCUGUAAGGGUCAGCCGAAACCCUAAGUGAAAAUAGCUGAAAUAAUAAAAGAAUUCGAGAGCUCAAAGCUCUCCGUGGACUAGUCUCGAUCCAUUGAUCGAGGAAACCACAUAAAAUCGGUCUCGUGUUCUUUCUUGUUUUCAUUCCUUUGGUUCUUUACAUAUUAUAAGGGAUAAUAGCAUUUUUGCCCCUAUACUAUUGUAUGUUAACUACGAAUGUACCCAUGUACUAAUAUUUUGCACUUUUAUAGAAUUACAAAAACAUACCAAAUGUAACCUCAUGUUUAGUUUUCUGUCAACUAACUGUUAAGUGAGAGGGAAAAUGGCCAAUUUACCCUUUAUCAUUCCCUAAUUUAAUUGACUUCUGGUUUUCUAUAAAAUAAAGAAUAAAGUAAAAAUUGCACUUUUUAUCUUCUCACCUGGGUCGCAUUAGCUAACUCUCUUCUCUGUUCUGAAACCCUAAUUGGAACUCUCUCACCGACGACGAAAUCAACUCGAAAUCUAGGAUGCCGCCGCCGUUUGAUUUAUCGCACCUUCAAGCAGUCCAUACACCUCGGCUUCCCCCACGCUAAAUUGGCGUUGUAUGACCUCAAUCGACUCCAACUCGUGAAUAGUAAUCCGUCGGGUCCCAUACCAUCCUCUUCUCUCACGGCCCCCGGCCCGCCAGCAGAGUCUACCCUUCCCUCCCCUGAAUCUUGCUCACAAACUCGCUAUCCAUCCUCAUCGCCAAUCUUCUUCGUCCUAUUCUUUGCCGACAUCGCUUUGGAAUCGGUAAGAGAGUGAAGUAGUAACAGGGAGGGCGACAAAAAGGUACUAGUUGGGAAAAUGGAAUUUUUUGCUUCUUUCUUGCUUUUCCUUCCCAAUUUCCCACCCCUCUUAUGUUCAUUCUGGAACAUUUUUGAACCCAGAAUCUAGAUUACUCUAAUAAAUCCGAUUCAGUGACACUCAGCAUUUUAGGAUGAAUUGGACAACAUUAGAAUGGGGACGUACGCUAAUUUUAGGCUAGGAUGUGUUCUGGUAAAUUUUACUGCUAAAUUGGGUUUUAUGUUGUAAAUUUUGGAUGUCCGAGAAUUGCAGGGAGGAAUGGUUAAUUAUUAUGUUCAGGUGAGCGGCGAUCAGCUUGGCGCUGAGGGAGUAGCAGCAUGUCGUAAUGGGCGCCGGUGGAGUUGGUUGAUGGCGGAGUUGAAGAUGACCACCGGGGUGGGAAGGUCGACGGACGAAGAUGCUUGAGAGACGUACAUAGUUAUUAGGUUCGAGAUUUAAUUUCCGCCAUUACAAAAUGUAAUUAAAUUAUAAUUUCAGUUUAAGUAAGGGGUAAUUUCCUCAUUUUCCAUUCCACUUAAAGGCAACUGCACAGAAUUUUUAACGGAAGGGUAUUUUCGUUACGUUGUAAUAUUAUAAGGCUAUAUUUGUGCAAAAAUAUACUACAGACUACGUUUAUUAAUUUGCAAUAGUAAAGAGGUACAAUAUCC